CGUUGAUGAUGCUUUGUGGGGCCGCCUAGAGAUUUAAUUACGGAUCUCUGUUCGCACAAAAUAUUAUACGAGCCGUUUUUCCUCGCGUUUACCCUAUUUUUGAGGAUUUAAAUGUGUAUGAUUUUAUCAUUUGCUAAGAACAAAGACCUUUCCUCAGAAGAUAAAAGCCGUUUUCGAGUGUCUUUUCACCGGACGCGCGCAUUGAUUCUGGAGCCAGUGUUUUUGUUAGUGAGCGAUCCUGGGACGAGCGCUCGGUCUGUCGGCAUGUUAGGAUACCCGUCUGAAGGAUUAUAAACCACCGGUAAAAACAGUACUGCAGUCGCUUAAGUUGGUGAAAUCCAAGAUUUAAAACAGUGAUGGACCAUUUGGCGACCACUAGUAGCACCCAGGGGCCGGCCCUGUGUGAACCCUCUUAUCCUCCCUGUAAAAUGGCUCGUAUGGAGAAUUGUAGAGAUCUGCCUGUACCUGGAGUCACACCUGUUAGCUCCAAACAGACAUCACACACUAACAGGAGGAAAGGUAGUUUACUUCCAGUAUUCUGCAUGGUGGAACAAAGCGAUGUCCCACCAUCCGAAGGGAAGCGGUCGGAGCAUGCAGAAUUUGUGCUGCUGAAGAAAGACCUGCUGUUCAGCCAGAUUACAGAAGCUGCAUUGCAAGAGCUGGGAUACACACACACCGCAGCGGCUCUGGCUACAGGUCAGAUUCAAGUUGGCCAUUGGAACCCUGUGGCUCUGUCCAGCGUGACAGAUGUCUCUGAUGCAACAGUAGGAGACAUGCUUCAAGACCUAUACCACGUUAUCACCUUAAGAAUAAAGCUGCACAGUGUUUCUAAAUUAGAGGACUUGCCCGCUGAGCAAUGGACUCAUUCUACAGUCAGAAAUGCUCUAAAGGAUCUGCUUAAAGAGAUGAAUCAGAGCACAUUGGCUAAAGAGUGUCCAUUAUCUCAGAGCAUGAUUUCAUCAGUGGUAAACGGCACUUACUAUGCCAGCAUCUCUGCUGCGAGAUGUCAAGAGUUCGGCCAGUGGUACAAACACUACAAGAGGACAAAAGCUAUAAUGGGUGACAUGAGCAGGCAGUGCACUCAGCCCUCUUCUUCCAGUCAGCCCUCGAUGUUCCAGCAGCCAAUGGAAGGCAGCAGUGCAGAGUCACGGGGUGUUGUCCAGAUGCAGGCUGGGAUGCCUGGUCUAGUUAUGGCUCAGCUUCUCUCCCAGCAACACGCCAUGUCUCAGCUCCUCACACACGCUCACACCCACUCACACAUACCUCAUCCUGCACCUCUAAAGACUCCUCCCAAAUGCAAUGUGUCGCCUCCAACAGUAACUCAAUGUCCUUCUCCUGUCACCGACGUGUCACCUGAAAUUUACCACUGGGUGCGCGAGGAGCUGAAGAGGGCAGGCGUUUCCCAAGCUGUGUUUGCACGAGUGGCCAUUAACAGGACACAGGGUCUGCUGUCUGAGAUCUUGCGAAAGGAAGAGGACCCAAGAUGUGCAUCUCAGUCUCUAUUAGUGAACCUGAGAGCCAUGCAGAGCUUCCUGCAGCUUCCACAGAGCCAGAGAGACUCUAUCUAUGUGGAGGAACGAGAGAGAAACCUCAACACUGCCUACAACACUAAUACAAGCUCACCUCUGCCCAUUCAGGAUAUUGUAGUGAAAGUGGAAUGUGAUGACACUGGAAUAAACUACGGCAUUUAUGAAGAAAUACAGCAAGAAAUGAGGCGAGCAAAAGUGUCACAGGCCUUGUUUGCAAAAGUCUCUGCAGCCAAGAGUCAGGGCUGGCUGUGUGAGCUGCUACGCUGGAAGGAGGAACCAUCUCCUCAGAAUCGUACUUUGUGGGAAAACCUGUCUUUGAUAAGGCAGUUUCUAAACCUCAGCCAAUCAGAGCGAGAUAUUAUAUAUGACCAGGAAAGCAAUACUGGGCAGACCUUCUACUCAGAGAAACACACAAGACCACUGACUGAACAGCUGCAGGUGAUUCCACAGCAUAUGGUGGCUCUAAAGCAGCACCAACAACUGCACAAAAUUCCACCUCAACACCAUCAGCUCUUCCUCCAACACCAUCUCAUGGCCGGAAGUCUUAAAGACACUUACAUGGCCCCAAAUUUCGGAGGCAGGUCUUUACCACCGGAAGCCCAUGCCAUCCUGCAGAGUUUCAUUCAGGAAGUUGGACUACAUCCAGAUCAGGAGGCCAUUCACACAUUAUCUGCUCAACUGGGUGUAGCCAAAGAGGCCGUUCUCAGCUUCUUCAGUGGUCACAAUUGGCUUAGACAAGAGCAAGACAACAGGAGAGAAAUUGAGAUUGAGGAUGGAGAAGAUGAUUACAUGGAGGCAGAGGAUGAAUUCGAGGAAAACAUAGAGAAGACAAAUGCAAGCAUGAUGACAGGGAAACAAGACCUUAGUGCAGAUGAGCAGAACGCAGCUACACAAACUCGGUUUAUCAUUACUAUUAAACAGGAGGAGGAGUUUCCAUGCAAGGAGGAGAAUGGUGAAAGCCCCGCCCACUGCCAGUUCAUAAACUCAUAAAUAUGCAUACACUACUGUUCAAAUGUUAAAAAAUUACAAAAUGAAUACUUGUAUUCAGCAAAGACACAGGAAUCUAUUAAAGGUCCCAUGAAAUUCAAA